AUGAGCGAGAACUCGCCUUCGUUGGGCAGCGCCCUCGCGGCCAUGAACCUCCGCGAUGAUAAUGACGGCAUCACUGCCAGCGAGAAGAAGCAGCAAUUCCCCAAGAUUCCCUACGAGGUCGUUCUUCUCAUAUGUGAGAGCCUUGUCGAUAUCGCUUAUGACAAAGCCUGCGAGCAGCCCAUGACUUGGCAAAUCACGGCUCCCAAGGCGGACGCCUCGUCUGCUCCGCUCUACGUUGUCACCGACAAGCACCGCCAACGUCCCGAGCCAGACAUGAAGAGACGCUUCCAGAUCUUCAAGGACAUCCGCCAGGUCAACCGCAAGACUCGCAUAAUGGUCGAUAAGGCCUUCCCCCGUGCUAUCAUGUACCACCAGCGCGACUGGGGCGACACCAACGACCAUGACGUCAAGGAGGAGAUGUGGCCUCCUAUCUGGAUCUGCCCCGACGCCGACAUCUGGCAGUUCAGACUGACGCACCCGCGCCUGGCCGCCGAGCAGUUCAACCGCGCCCUCGGAGCCUUCUGGUCCCCCGACCUCACGCCCGAGUCGAAGGAGAUCGUGAAGCACAUCCAGACGUUGAAGGUCCGAAACCUCAAUUUCCUGAUCAACCGAUUCGAGGCCCAGUGGGAACUGGCGGCUCUGCCGAACCUCAAGCAGAUCCAUAUGAUCACCAGCUGCUUUUGGCCCCCCAACAUGGCGAACGCCGACCUGGAGUAUCUCUGGCCCGUCGAUCAAGGCGUGGCCUCGAUCCCCCACUUCCCCCACUUCUCUUCAGCCCAACUCAACCACGUGUUUGGUAAGCUGUGGGAGAAAGGAGUCAAGAUUACCAUGGUUGACAGAUUCCCGAUUGUUUCCAGUGUCGUCAUGGAGAUGAUUGGCACUCGUUAUGGUGUCCAUCGAGCUACAUGA